UCAGAUUAACUUCAUACUAGAGAUUUGAAUUUGGUGUGUUCUGACAAAACUGGGGAGAUAUCAGUGUUCAAGUCUUCCUUCCUCUGUCUUCAGCUGAGCAUACACGAUGGGAGACUGGGGUUUUCUCUCCAAGUUACUCGACAAAGUGCAAACGCACUCCACGAACAUUGGUAAGGUGUGGCUGACGGUGCUUUUAAUCUUCAGGAUCAUGGUGCUUGGUGCAGGUGUCGAUAAAGUCUGGGGGGACGAGCAGUCCAGCAUGGUGUGCAACAUCAUCACUCCCGGCUGCAAGAACGUGUGCUAUGAUCACCAUUUCCCAAUCUCUCAUAGCCGCUUCUGGGUUCUCCAGAUCAUCUUUGUGACUCUACCGACGCUGGUCUACCUUGCCUAUGCACUGCAUGUGAUUCACAAAGAAGACAAACUGAGGCAGAUGGAUGCUGAGAAGCGAGGAACCAAACUCCCUAAAUACACAAACGACAAUGGAAAGCUUCAGUACAAAGGCAAUCUCCUGCGCAUCUAUGUAAGCUGCAUAUUAAUGACUAUUUUGUUUGAAGCAGGCUUCAUCGUGGGUCAGUACUACUUGUAUGGCUUUGUGAUGGAACCAAGAAUUAUUUGUAAAGAGGCACCAUGCCCUUUAAGCACUGAAUGCUUCAUGUCUCGUCCAACCGAAAAGACCAUCUUCAUCAUCUUCAUGCUGGUCGUGGCAUGUGUCUCAUUGUUACUGAAUAUAGCAGAGAUUUUCUAUCUGAUUUGUCGGGCUUCCAAGGGUAGAAAGCAUCAUAAUUAUGUUACUAAAGAAACACAUUGCUGAAAUCAAACAGCAAGCAUUUGGGCUUGAUUUCACUGAAAGAAACGAGUUGCAAUGCACUACUUGGGGAACUAGAGGUGUGACACUACACCGAGACACAAAGAAUAAUACUUUGCAUUGCUUUGCAUUGAUUCAUUGAUUGAUUGAUUGAUUGAUUAAACAUGUAUCAUCAUUACCUACACCUACAAAUAAAUAAAUAAAUGCUCUCACAAUUAAUUAAGGCAAAUCAAAGAGCCAAGGAAAAGUGUAGUUUUAAUUUUGUUAUAUAUCCACCCCGUUAUCAACAUUUUUGGAUAUAUAUUUUAUUUUAUA